GCAAGAGUGAAUGUGGCCAGCCUAGCUCGCCAAACAGUGACAAAUGACAUCGCAAGUUCAGGCACAACAGUCACAACAGACAUACAGGAGUCAGCCUUGAAAGACCUGAAACAUGCAAAUCCGAAAGGAAGAUACUGGAUCAAGAUAGAUGGAACUGACAUCAAACCGGCUCUACAGGAGUCUAUGAAAGGACAGUGGAACGGGGCCAUCGAUCUGAGGGAUGGGAAGCUGGCUGAACUAAGGAAGGAGUGUGACCAGCGACUUGAACUGGUAAACAACCUAGAAGUCAACAAGGAAAGGGCCACUCUAGAAGAAAAAAUCAAAACUCUGGUCAACACCUUCCAUGAUGAUAGCCACUUCCUCCAACAGGCCUUAACAGAAGCCGAUUACAAUGGCCACCUUCCCAACACCUUAUAUCUCCAGCUAGAUAACUCAGCCAAGGAAUGUAAAAACAAGUACAUCAUUGCUUUUGCUACCUGGCUGGUGCAUCUCCGAAUCUUCAGAAAGGUAAAAACAUGA